UUCCGGUGCAAGUACUGCGACAAGGCGGUACAAACACGCUCGGCGCGCUCAAGAUGCACAUCCGCACGCACACGCUGCCCUGCAUCUGCAAGCUGUGCGGCAAGGCGUUCAGCCGGCCGUGGCUGCUGCAGGGCCACAUCCGCACGCACACCGGCGAGAAGCCGUUCUCGUGCCAGCACUGCAACCGGGCGUUCGCCGACCGGUCCAACUUGCGCGCGCACCUGCAGACCCACUCGGACGUGAAGAAGUACUCGUGCCCGACGUGCAGCAAGACGUUCAGCCGCAUGUCGCUGCUCAGCAAGCACUGCGACACCGGAUGUCCCCGCGUGUUGCCCCAACACCAGCAGCAGCAGCAGCAGCAGCAACAGCAGCAGCAGCAGCAACAGCAACAGACGGUUUAGACUGCCGCGCUACCCCCCCCCCCCCACGCGCGCCUCAUUAUUGCAUACAACUAUAUGUUAAAUUAUUAUUAAACAUA